GGUCUGGGACCGUCAUAUUCUUCGAUCCAACCAAUAAUGAAGAUGUUCAGAUAUUUCACAAGGGAAUAAAGAUUUUGACCUUUAACUAACAUCAGACGAAAAAUCUGUGGAUCACUAAAGUCAUUUGGUAAUAAUCCUCCGGGGGCUAUGAACGUCUGAGCAAAAUGUCACCGCAAUCGGUUCUAUAGCCGCUGAAAUAUUACACUCUGUGCUAAAGUUUUGGAUGGGUCGGCAGGAAGACUGAUCUCCAGAGCCGGGGAAAAUACAAUUCAAUGAACAACGUCUGGUGUAUGAAAAAUUUUGUUUAUGAUUUGGUCCAACGGAGUUGUUUCUUUUUUUUGACAGAAUGCGGGAGCGAGGUCCUUGCAUUUGCGGAGUGGGUGUGUGGAGUCUGCUGCUGUCCCUCUGUCUGGCCUCCCUGACGCAAGCACACAGGAGUCACACAGUGCACGUGAAGGCCGGGACGUGUGAGGUGAUCGCUGCCCAUCGCUGCUGCAACAAAAACAAGAUCGAGGAGAGAUCCCAGACCGUCAAAUGCUCCUGCUUCCCCGGACAGGUCGCUGGUACGACUCGGGCCAUGCCCUCCUGUGUUGAUGCCUCCAUCGUAGCCCAGAAGUGGUGGUGCCAGAUGCAGCCGUGUAUGGAGGGUGAGGAGUGCAAGGUCCUCCCAGACCUCACAGGAUGGAGCUGCAGCACAGGCAACAAAGUCAAGACCACAAAGGUGACCCGAUAGUGCCACCCACUUCAAAAAGAGGACAAAGGAGUGGUGUCGGAGAAACGGAGACAGCACAAUGGACCUAAAGUAUUAUUGGUGUGAAUCAGACGCAGACUGAAACCAAGGAAAUCCACUAUUUGUUUCAUUUUUCCGAGGAUAUCUAUGACUCGGUGGCUGAAGAGACAGGACUCAAAAACACUGCCAUCAUCUUUAACACAAGUGUCCGUGGUCCGUCAACCCAGAGGCCCUGCAUCACCCACGAUCCUGUACUGCUAACACAACCUCUGAGGAAGUCAACUUUGAACUUCCGACCACGGGAUUAGAUGAAAACAAACGCAACAAAAGGAGAACCUUUCGUAAGCUCAUCCUGUAGUCGUCACCUCUCUUCUAUGGCUUAGUUGUGUUCCAUCUGCAUACUGGGACAAGGGGAUCUAGAUUUAAAACUGCUAUACUGUACUACAAAUGUGACCACAGAAUAAGAGGGGGUGUUUCCUCAGCGGCUGACAUGUUUAAUUUUACUGUGCCACAUCCUGUAUGAAGCACUCGCUGCUGUACGAAUGUUUAUCGAACCUGAAGUUGAACCUUCAUCUUCAUACUUUAAUAUCUUACUUUGAACUGAUUGUGGCAGACGGCACACCGUUUCUUUUCCUUUUUUUUUUUUAAAUGGGAGAAACAGUUAUUUGUUUGUUUUUUUGUUUGUUAGUUUUUUUUUUUUUGACCAAGGAAAAAAACCCAGGGUGAAGUUAGACUAAUUCCAAGUAGAUGUUACGGUAUAUUGAAAUAUUGAAAUAUGUAAACGUGUAAAAAAUGGUUAAUGGAAACGCCGGGGCUUAAGGUACAUCAGUGCUCUAAUGGUUUUAUUAUCUGUGUUUUUAAACGCCUGUUAACCGCAGUUGAGUACAUGUGUCAAUAUUAUACGAAACAAAUAAAAUCUUUCAAAAGAAAUCUCUGUGUCU